UGAAUGCAGCCUUAUUAGAUUACAGCUAAAUUAAUUUGUCCUUCCAACAUGAAAAGCUUAAAAAGGGAAAGAAUAAGUACCAAGAAGGACUUCAGAGUAUACAGUCAGCCAGCCCUCUGUAUCCAUGGGUUCUGCAUUCGUGGAUUUAACCAACCACAGAUAGAAAAUAUUAGGGAGAAAAAUGAAUGGUUUCAUCUGUACUAAACAUGUGUAGACUUCUUUCCCUUGUCAUAAUUACCUAAACAAUAUGGCAUAACAACUAUUUACAUCACAUUUUCAUUAUAUUAGGUAUCUUAAAUAAUCUGGAGAUGAUAAGGGUAUGCAUCAGUUAUGUGGAAAUACUAUUGUGUUUUAUAUAAGGGAUUUGAGCAUCCAUGGGUUUUGGUAUCUUCAGGAGUCUUGGAAUCAAUCUCCUGUGGAUACUGAGGGACAACUAUACUAGAAGGAGCCCAGGACUAUGAAUUAAGAGACCUAGGUUCCAGAACCAACUCUUUCACUUAGCUCUGUGGUCUUUAACUUCAGGAUACUUCCUUAAGCCAAAGAACUGAGAACUAAAACAGCAUUUCCACAGGUGCUCAACCUGAAAUUGUGUCUUACAAGAUCCCUGCGAAGACACAGAUUUGAAUACCAUAGUGAAGUCUGUACGUGAAGGCUUGAUGCUUUUAGAAAAGAAAAAGUAAUAGCCACCUUCAGGAGCCCCUACAACUCAACUCUGCAUGAACAAGUUAUGCCUUCUCAGAAUGCUGUUCUUUCUCAGGAAGGGAACAUGGAGGAGAAAGAAAUGAAUGAUGUAUCACAGAUAGUCAGGUCCCAGGAAUCACUGACAUUCCAGGAUGUGGCUGUGGACUUCACCAGAGAGGAGUGGGAACAACUGUACCCUGCUCAGAAGAACCUGUACCGAGAUGUGAUGCUGGAGAACUACAGGAAUCUAGUUGCACUAGGGCACCAACUUUAUAAACCAGAGGUAAUUGCUCAAUUGGAGCAAGAAGAGCAGUGGAUGAUAGAAAGAGACAGCCCACUGGACACCCAUCCAGAUGGGGAAAACAGAUCUGAAAUCAAAAAGUCAACUCCAAACCAGAAUAUUUCUGAUGAAAAUCAAACCCAUGACAUGAUAAUGAAGAGACUAACAGGAGACAGUUUCUGGUACUCCAUCUUAGGAGGACUCUGGGAUUUUGAUUACCAGUUAGAGUUUAAUCAAGAAAACCAGCAGAGACAUUUAGGACAACUAUCUCUCACUCACAAAAAGAUCACCCAGGAAAGAAGACUUGAAUGCAAUAAGUUUGCAGAAAACUAUAAUUUGAACUCAAACCUUAUACAUCAGAGAAUUCCUUCAAUUAAAAUACCUCUUAAUUUUGACACACAAGGAAAUAAUAUCAAACGUAAUUCAGACUUGAUUUACUGUCAGGGAAAUUAUGUAAGAGAGAAGCCCUAUGAAUAUAAUGAAUGUGGAAAAAUCUUCAAUCAACAUAUUCUUCUUACUAAUCAUAUUCAUACUGGAGAGAAACCCAGUGAAUGUGGGAAGGCCUUCAGCCACAACUCAUCUCUUAUACAACCUCAGAUCAUCCUUACAGGAGAGAAGCCCUAUAAGUGUGAUGAAUGUGGGAAAAGAUUUAGCCAAAGGAUACAUCUUAUUCAACAUCAGAGAAUUCACACAGGAGAAAAACCUUUUAUAUGCAAUGAAUGUGGGAAAGCCUUUCGUCAACAUUCAUCCUUUACUCAACAUCUGAGAAUUCAUACUGGAGAGAAGCCCUAUAAAUGUAAUCAAUGUGGUAAAGCCUUUAGCCGAAUCACAUCCCUUACUGAACAUCAUAGACUUCAUACUGGAGAGAAACCUUAUGAAUGUAGUUUUUGUGGCAAAGCCUUCAGCCAGAGAACACAUCUUAAUCAACAUGAGAGAACUCAUACAGGAGAGAAACCCUAUAAAUGUAAUGAAUGUGGGAAAGCCUUUAGCCAGAGUGCACACCUUAAUCAACAUAGGAAAAUCCAUACUCGAGAUAAAUUAUGUGAAUAUAAAUGUGAAGAAACAAUAAGCCACAGUCCUUCACUUAAUCAGCAACACAUAACUCAUGGUGGAGAAAACCAUAUGAAUAUAUAAAUAUGGGAAAUUUUUUGGUCAGACCUUUCUAGCCCAUUCAAUAUCAAAUUAUUCAUAGUGGAGAGAAAGUUUCUAAAUAAGCUUUUAGUGCAUAGAAAACAAAUAGAGACCUUAAAUAGCAGCAUAAUACAUUCCCAGGAGGGCUUAUAAAUAGUGAAAAUCACUUAUUUUAUAAACAAGAUUAUAUUAAGAGUCAUGUUCUAAAUCUUAUUUUAAAAACUUUUUAAAACAAUAACCAGAAAUCCUGUAAACAAUAACCUGUAAUUAUUCAACUGUAAGUUUUAUGGUAUAAAGCCUUUAAAUCAUAUAAAUAUUGAUUAUUCAAGGAAUUCUACAGUACAGCCAGUCAUAUAAAUUUGAAAUAAACAUGAAAAAGCAAUAUUUCUCAAACUUUAGUUAUUGAUGUACUUCCUUUAAUUUUUACCAUACCUAGUAUUUACUUAAAAUUUUUUAUAAAGGGACCCAGGAUUUUUAGCCUUCUCCUAGGAAAUAUUAUUUAACAUAUAAAACUCAAAAAUUAGGGUUUUUUGGCCAGGCGCAGUGGCUCACGGCUGUAAUCC